UGUCCUUUUUUCUUCCUAUUUCGAGCAUGCGCWUUGGUCAAAUCAAAACAAUAGUCGAAAACUGCCAUUUUAAAGUUUAAAUUUCAACAGAAUCAGUUUGGCAAACGAAGCAUUUAGAAUAAUCAGAAUUAUGAGGCACUURUAUGCAUUUCGUCUUAUCAGUACUGGGAUUUUUCUCGUCUUGGUUAACUUGUCUUUGGGUGAAAAUAGCGAAAGCGAAGAGUUACGUUUUGAAAUGGAUUGUGAAAAUGGUGUGUGCUUUAGAAAUGAAGACGACGGGCCUUGCAUUGACAAAUACCACGACAGACCGCAGCUAUUCCGUUGGGAACCAAUUAAGAAAGGACAUACUCGUGAAAUUGAGCUGGAGCCUGGCAAAAAAUAUACGAUGACGACGAUGGCCAGCAAACCACCGAUUUUUGAAAUUCGUAAUUUUUUGAGUCCAGAUGAGUGUGAACACAUUCAAACGCUGGCUGUCAAAAUGGGCCUUCACAUGAGYAUAACCCAUUUUGAUGAACGUUUGCUUGAAAAGAAGAAAGAUUUAGAAGGACACGCCGUUGGUAUUUCAUCUAAUUUUAUCAACUGGGACCGAAACUUUGACGGCAAAAUAACUAAAGAAGAGAUAAUCGAUUAUUCUGAACUGUACAAGUUUAUGUAUUUCUCCAUGGAAGACAUUGAUCGUAUGAUCAAAAGGCUGGAACUCAAGGMACUUGAUGACGGUAUAAUAACGAGGAAAGAGUUCGAAACAUUUCCUACAGCAAAGAUAGAUGCUUACAUGAAUGUACUGAAAGAACAUCACCCAAAGCACAAGGACAGAUACAGUAACCAGGCCUGGGUACUACAGGGGAAAACUGCUGAYCCAAUAAUCAAAGGUCUAAGGAAAAGAAUACAAAGACUUACAAGACUACCCACGGAAAUCAUCCGAGGUGGAGAACCUCUUCAGGUUGUGCAUUAUGACAAGUACGGUCAUUACAAUGGACACUAUGAUAGCCAGUCAAUUACUGAGCAUCCUGAUUACAAAUGCUGUCAUACAACAAAUGCUAAGCCUCCUCACUGCAGACUUUGCAGGUAUGUYACUGUACUAUAUUACUUAAAUGAUGUUGAAGAAGGCGGUGAGACUGCGUUCCCUAUUGCAGACAAUGCCACUUACAGCGAACAGGCAUUCUCCAAGACGUCUACAGGGGAUGCAUUCAACUUAGUUCACAACUGUAAUAAAGCGAAAUUAGUCGUUCCUGCCGAGAAAGGUAAGGCCAUAUUAUGGUAUAACCACUUUGUGGACGAGGACACUGGGCUCCUGGGACAGAGAGACGAUUAUACGUUACACGGAGGAUGUGGUGUCAGAAAGGGAGAUAAGUGGGUGGCAAAUAAUUGGAUUUCUGCAUUUGAUGCUGACAAUAUCGAUGAAAUUAGUGUCUAUGACGAUGAGCCACGUACGCCACACUAGCUUGGGAUACUGAAACGUAUAGUAUGUACGUAAUGUACUCUUAUGCGAUACGCAAACUACAUUAGUAAUAGUAGAAGAAGUGGUUUACGCAGCGUAAGUUCGUAUUACGUAAACAUACGGUUUUAUUGAUURCGCACUAAACCAAUACGUGAACGCAGUGACUUGUUACGUUUGCGURUCGCAUAAAGUCAAGUGAUUGGUAAGCAUACAAUAAAAAUAUUUAAAGUUUAAAAAUAUUAAAAGAACKUACUGUAAAGUAGGUAAUAAUAAGUGAAAAUAAGUAUGAUAUAGAUAGGUUAAAUAUWAAUAAUAUUAAAAGGUUUCCCUCAACCUUUUACGCAGGGGAAUAAGUAGUGCGUAGUACUUGUUUUUAAUCCACUAAUGAAAGUUGUAUGACUAAAUUGUUUAGAAAACUGCAUCCUUUAGAAUAAGCGAGAUGAUUUAUUUUCAGUAUUUAACUUUUCAUUGAUGYGUACUUAAGCACUGCUAAGCAGUGSAAGSUCGGCUUUAGCGAUACUCAAYGUGAUCUAAGCCUUUGUUAUUCAAUGUGCCAACCAGAAGACGAUUGGCUGUUAGAGCAAAGCGACUUAUGAAAAGCCAGAAUGAGUUUUUUGAUAAACAUUGAGUAUCGCUAUUAUAAUCUUUUAGUUUCGGGCUCCCUGUGAGGGGACUUGAAACAGAUGCGUUUCGCGCCACACAGGAAUCCCGUAAGAUCGAAGACUGAUUGAUAGAGUUGUAAACCAAUUAAGAUUAUCACAUUUUAUCAUAUAAUGAUUUAAAUUUGAUAAAUUGCUGUAGUAUAAAUGCGAUUAAUAUUUUCAAUAAAUGUAAUGAAAAAAUUAAUCUACAAAUGUAUAAAUAAAUCAUCUCAGUUUUUGUGAUGAAAGAAUAAACGAAUUUUACUAAACGGAUUUUUACGUACGGAUUUUUUUACGCACGUCUUUUUACGCGCGGUUGAGGUUUUGARUGAUCAUGCGUUGAUCUGCUAAUUGAUAACCUUAACGUGUUUUACUGACUGCUAUCUUGAAAAAUCAUUAAAUAUAGAUAAAGAUAAYUUUAGAUGCAGACGAUUUUAUGUGCACACCGUAAAACUAUUAUAGUGUGAAGUAGAUAGAAUACUUCUAUCUUUUAUUGGCUGGUAAACAUUAAACUGGUGACAGGGUUUGUCUGGUAA